AAAAUCCAAUUUCAUAAUUCACCACAAACCCAAAAACGUCCAUCCAUCGUACACUACUAUAUUUUACUCUCUCGUCAAAAUAGUAUUAUCAUAUCAUGGAUAUCUUUGAAUCCUAUUAUUCAAAUUCUUUCGUUGAAUCAUUAUUAUCAUCGUCAUUAUCAAUAUCUGAUACUAAUAAUCUCAAUCACUACUCCCCUAAUGAGGAAGUUAUUAUUUUAGCUUCGAAUAACCCGAAAAAGCCAGCUGGCAGGAAGAAGUUUCGAGAAACUCGACAUCCAGUAUACAGGGGAAUCAGGAAGAGGAAUUCAGGAAAAUGGGUUUGUGAAGUCAGAGAACCAAAUAAGAAGACAAGGAUUUGGCUUGGUACUUUUCCUACGGCUGAAAUGGCGGCUAGAGCUCAUGACGUGGCGGCUAUAGCAUUAAGAGGCCGUUCUGCUUGUUUGAAUUUCGCUGAUUCAGUUUGGAGGUUGCCUAUCCCUGCUUCCUCCAACUCUAAAGAUAUUCAAAAGGCGGCCGCUGAGGCCGCCGAAAUCUUUCGAUCGGAAGAAGUUUCAGGAGAAUCUCCUGAAACGUCAGAAAAUGUGCAAGAGAGUAGUGACUUCGUGGAUGAGGAAGCGCUGUUUUCCAUGCCAGGAUUACUUGCAAAUAUGGCAGAAGGACUCAUGCUACCUCCUCCCCAAUGUUUAGAGAUCGGAGACCAUUACGUUGAAUUAGCUGAUGUGCACGCUUAUAUGCCUUUAUGGAAUUAUUCUAUAUAAUUACAAGAUUUUAAUAGUCAGUAUUUUAAUGGUACAAAUCAUGUAUAGGUAAAUGCGUAGUAACAAUAUUUGAAUGAAACAAAGUGAACAAGUUCAUCUAAUUUAUCAACAGCUAUAUUUCAUCUA